CCACCAACUACAGCGAGGCUUGUCUGCAGUACAAUUACCUGCUGAAGCGCGUCGAGGGCAGCGAGGACUGCCUCUAUCUCAACGUCUUCACCAAGACGGUAGGCGGCGGCAAUAAUUCGACUUUGCGCCCGGUGAUGGUCUGGAUCCACGGGGGUGCGUUCGCCUUCGGCAGCGGCGACGACUCGUUCUACGGGCCGGACUACUUCAUGCGCAAGGACGUCGUGCUGGUCACCUUCAACUACAGACUCGGAAUUUUCGGCUUUCUCAAUCUCGAGGACAGACUGGCGCCAGGCAAUCAGGGCCUGAAGGACCAGGUGGCGGCUCUCAAGUGGGUGCACGACAAUAUAGAACACUUCGGGGGCGAUCCCGAUCGCGUGACGAUUUUCGGCGAGAGUGCGGGUGCCGCCUCGGUUCAUUACCUGACUUUAUCGCCCAUGGCAGAAGGUCUCUUCAGCAAGGCCAUAAUGCAGAGCGGCGUCGCUCUCAAUCCCUGGGCUCUGACGGUGCCCAUCUCCAGGCAGCUCGUCUUCAGGCUGUGCGCCCGCUUGGGCAACGAGACCGAGGACUCCGAGGAGAUCCUCGAGCUGCUCAGAUCGACCGAGGCCAGCGAGCUGGUGGACGCUCAGCGCACGAUUCUCACCAAGAGAGAGCGAAUACAGACUCUGACGCCGUUCGGGCCCUCGGUCGACGACGAGUCCGACGAGCCCUUCAUGCCGAUCGAUCCCGUCGAGGCGUCCGCGAGGGGCAUCCACUUGCCGAUCAUCAUCGGUUACAACAGCCGCGAGGGCAUCUACUACUUGGCAGCCACAGCGCUGGGACGAAAUUACAGACGGUUCAAUCGGCAAUUUCGGCAAUUCUUGCAUCCCUACGUGAUCGAGCUCUGGCGGGACAAGUACAACGGGACCAGCGACAGCAUCAAGCGGCUCUACUUCGGCAACAAGAGGAUAACCAGGCGAAACAAGGGCAAAAUCAUCGAUCUUCACGGCGACUUGUACUUCGUCGAGGGAAUACACAGCGUCGUCAGGACUCAGGUGGAAAAGUCCAACAAUUCGACCUAUCUGUAUCGCUACGGCUACGAUCGCGGCUUUUCCGUUAUGAAGACCUUGACGAGGACUCGUGAACUAGGUGCAGCCCACGCGGACGAGUUGACCAAUUUGUUUCGAAUGCGAGCAAUGGAGAGGUUCAGAACGAAGCCACUUUUGGAGGGCUUUACCGACUACCGACUGAUGGAGCAGAUGAUUGACAUGUGGGUCAAUUUUGCGACCACAGGAUCGCCGACUGGAAAUGAAACGGUGACGAUCACGCCGGUCAGCUGGAAACCCGUCGACGACGCGAACAAGUUUGAAUUUUUAAAUCUCAAUACGGAGAUCUCAGCGCGCUAUGAUUUCAGCGCUUUAGACGCUCCUGUGCAUCGUAAUCGGUUGUAUAUAUUGACAGAAAAAAUGUUUCCACUCGUAAUUAUAUUGCUGCAAGUCAAAAUAAUCUUGUCGUGCGACGACAUCGUCGAAACCAAGUUAGGGAAGGUUCAGGGCUUCUCCGACACCGGAUUACUGGACACCGAGUGGUGCAGUUUUUUGGGUAUACCCUAUGCCAAGCCGCCGUUGGGAGAUUUGAGAUUUCGGGAUCCAGUUCCCGCCGAGCCAUGGUCGGACGUCAAAAUAGCCACCAACUACAGCAAUUUCUGCACUCAAUACGACAUUCCUUACAAGCGACCCGGUGGCUCGGAGGACUGUCUCUAUCUCAAUGUUUUUACGAAAAGAAUCAAACCCGACCAGCCCAGGCCAGUGAUGGUGUGGAUCCACGGCGGAGCCUUCAAUUUGGGCAGCGGCGACAACAUGUUAUACGGGCCUGACUAUUACAUGCGCAAGGACAUUGUUCUGGUUACGCUCAACUAUAGACUCGGGAUUUUCGGUUUUCUCAAUCUCGAGGAUAAAUUGGCACCCGGCAAUCAAGGUUUAAAAGAUCAGGUGAUGGCUCUGAAAUGGGUACAGGACAACAUCGCGAGCUUCGGCGGCGAUCCCAACUCGGUGACGAUUUUCGGCGAGAGCGCCGGCAGCGCGUCCGUCCAUUACUUGACUCUGUCUCCGAUGACCAAAGGCCUGUUUCACAGGGCGAUCAUGCAGAGCGGCGUCGUUCUGAACCCGUGGGCUCGAGCGAGAAUAAACAGCUGGGAAGUCGUUUACUACCUGUGUUCGUUGAUGGGAUUCGAGAGUAAGGAUCACGCUGAAAUUAUGAAUUUUCUGAGAGCCGCGGACAAUUACAAGCUGACGGAUACCAUCACGGAGCAUUUGCAUCCCACCGAGGAUUCGCUGAAAGGUAUGAUUGCUUUUGUACCGUCGGUAGACGACGAGGACGACAAUCCCUUCAUGCCAAUAGAUCCGGUCGUCGCGGCUCAAGACGGAAUUCAGAUGCCGGUCAUAAUAGGCCACAACGAUAGGGAAGGCAUUCUAUUCGUGACUAUCGCCGGAAAGGACUUCAUCAAGCUUCACGAAGAGUUCGACCAGUUGGAAAAUCCAUACGUUGCCGAUUUCUUGAGCAACGAAUACGACAUAUCGCACCGCGAUCUCAAAAAGCUGUACAACAUCUCCGACAAUCAAGUCGAGAAGGGUGACAAGUCUUACAAAGAACCGCUGGUGGAUUACCUCGGGGACGUUCAGUUCGUCGAGGGAGUUCAUCGAGCGGCAAAGAUUCAAGCGGAGAAAUCGUCGCAUCCGACUUACAUGUAUCGUUACGAAUUCGAUCAAGGUUUUUCGUUGAUGAAACAUUUUGGAAAAACAAAAAUGAGUGGUGCUGCUCAUGCCGAUGAUCUGAUAGUCAUGUGGCGAUUUCACAUAUUGGAAAAAUUUAAAAUGAAGCCUUUAGAAAAAGAUUCCCUUUCGUUUAAAGUCAUGGAGCACAUGAUCGCUAUGUGGACAAAUUUUGCGAUUCACGGAACACCUACACCGAGCGUAACAGAAGAGACACCCGUAGAAUGGACACCGAUAACCGACGGUAACCAAUUUGACAUUUUAUGCAUCAAUGCAACCCUGGAGAAGAGAUCAAUUCCAAAUAUUGAACAAUUCUUUAAAAACGCCAAAAACUAAAUAAAAAUUAA